AUGGAAAGGGUCAAAAUCGUGAUCGGUUUUAGUUACGUAUCACAGAGCGAUUUUGUAGGGGAAUGGGUCAAAAUACAGAUUAUCGGACCUCCAACCAAUGAAGUUGUCAAAAGAAGCAUUAGAUGGAGGAAACUUGCAACACAUGAAGAAAUUACAAAUCCGCCAAAAAGAAGUCGGGCAUCUUCAUAUUCGAAUUCGCAACAAGUCUCAUUGGAUGGUCAUGUAGGCGUUAAUCUUAAUGAUGAUAAAGAUGACAUUGUAGAAAUACGCCCGCCUUCUCCUCCAGUGAGAAGGGGCAAAACAAAAGCUUUAGCAAAAGGAAAAGGAAAAAGGAAAGCGACAUCUUCAAAUUCUUCAUUCGGAACCGAGAGGUCAGCCAGAUUAGAAGAAAUGAUGACACAAAUUGCACAAUUGAAUUCAACUUUGGAGAGGCAUAUGACUGAAACCAUUCGACUCACUGAGUACUCCCUGUUAAUGCAAGACGUGAGGCACCUCGACCCCGAAGAUCAAGAAGCGGCAAGAAUUAUGAAAGCAUCGAUUCAGGGAAAAUAUAAUCUAACGAAACGCAAUUGA